UAGAAAUAACACAAACCCAGCCAAAAAACCCUAGCACUGUUAAGCCUACACCACCGCCGCAAGGAGUGGCAUACUGACGCCGUCCGUCGCACUCAAAGUUCUCCAUCCGUCCGUCUAUCUAGCUUCCCUCGUGCUCCAAGUCUUCAACCCCUGUUCACUGUCACCGAUCGCGGCUGCUUCCUUGAGCUCGGCGUCCGUCGUCUUUGUCUGCUCAGCCGCGCUUCCGUCGCCGUGUGUGUGCCGUUCACGUUCGGGUUUUCGUUCAGCUGUCGUCUACGUUCGCGUUCUUCGCCGUUCACGUUCGCUAGCCGUUUCCCGUUCGCGUUCACUAGCCGUUCCCCGUUCGCGUUCACUAGCCGUUCACCGUUCGAGUUCGCAUUCGCGUUCGUCUGGAAGCCACGUUGCUCUGCUUCAAACUCUGCGACCAACCCGCGCGCUCCACCUAAUCGUCGAACUGCUCUCUUUUUUCGCCGCCUUUAAAGGUUCGCCGUCGACUAUAAGGCUAGGGUGCUGCCAUUAGUGCAACGUCCAUUCCUGAAUUGUGGUGCUGUGAUGGCGGCGACAACAACCGAAAACAUAUUGAAAGAAACGGUGCAGCGAUUCGAAGAAGAUGCAAGCGACGAUAAGAGCUUCGAGGAGCUCGGUGUGGACGCUCGUCUCAUUCGUGCCUUGCUCAAGAAAGGAAUCGACAAGCCCACACCAAUUCAGAGAGUUGCUAUUCCACUCAUUCUGGAAGGUAAGGAUGUGGUUGCUCGUGCGAAGACGGGUUCUGGGAAGACGUUUGCUUACCUUCUCCCCAUGCUACAGAAACUAUUCGCUAAUGUUGAUCGCAAGAAGCAGGCACCCAAUGCUUUUGUUCUUGUUCCGACUCGCGAGCUGUGUCAACAGGUCUACACAGAGGUUGUGUCACUCAUUGAGUUAUGCCGAGUUCAACUGAAAGUCGCCCAAUUGAAUAGCAAUAUGCAAGCUUCUGAUUUGCGUGCAGCUCUGACUGGACCUCCUGAUAUUUUGAUAUCCACACCUGCUUGCCUAGCAAAGUGCCUGUUUGAUGGUGUACUUCAACCAGCUUCCAUUUAUGCUACGCUUGAAACUCUAAUUCUUGAUGAGGCAGAUCUUCUGUUAUCAUAUGGAUAUGAAAAUGAUAUAAAAUCUUUUACGCCUCAUGUACCCAGAAGUUGCCAGUGUCUUCUUAUGUCCGCAACAUCAAGUACUGAUGUUGACAAACUAAAGAAGUUGAUUCUACACAACCCAUUCAUUUUGACUUUGCCUGAAGUGGGAAAUAAUAAGGAUGACGUGAUCCCAAAAAAUGUUCAGCAGUUCUGGAUCUCGUGCCCUGCCAAUGAUAAAUUGCUCUACACCCUUGCUGUUUUGAAGUUGGAGUUAGUGCAAAAGAAAGUUCUGAUAUUCACUAAUGACAUAGACAUGAGUUUCAGAUUGAAAUUAUUCCUAGAAAAGUUUGGGAUUAAGUCUGCUGUUUUAAAUGCUGAGUUGCCACAGAAUUCCCGACUCCAUAUUCUUGAGGAGUUCAAUGCUGGUCUGUUUGAUUAUCUUAUUGCAACUGAUGUCAGUCAGUCGAAGGAGAAGGAUGAAGCACCUAAAGAAGGCAAAGGAUCACGAAAGUCUAGGAAACAUAAACUUAAACUCGAUUCUGAAUUUGGAGUAGUAAGGGGAAUUGAUUUCAAAAAUGUAUUCACGGUUAUAAACUUUGAUAUGCCUCGAAGUGUUGCAGGAUAUGUACAUCGAAUUGGACGUACAGGAAGAGCAUAUAGUUCUGGUGCUUCUAUUUCUCUGGUUUCAACAGAUGAGAUGGAAACAUUGGAAGAAGUAAAAGCUUUUGUUGGUGAUGAUGAAAACAAGGGCUCAAACACAAUUGUGGAGUUUCCUUUCCUCACCAAGAAUGCAGUUGAAUCUUUGCGGUAUAGGGCUGAGGACAUUGGGAAGAGCGUAACUAAAAUUGCUGUGCGAGAAUCACGUGCUCAGGAUUUGCGGAAUGAAAUUCUAAACUCUGAAAAGUUGAAGGCCCACUUUGAAAGUAAUCCAAGAGACUUGGAUCUGUUGAAACAUGACAAAGUUUUAAGCAAGAAUGCACCUCCUUCGCACCUGCGUGAUGUGCCUAACUACCUAUUAGACAAGACCACCCAGGAGGCAAGGAAAAUGGUCAAGCUUGCAAGUGAUGCAAUGGGAAAAAAUAAUCGUCGCAAGGGAUUCAAGAAAAAACCAAAAACAGGUGGAGACCCUCUGAAGGCUAUCUCUGCUGCGGUAUCAAAAAGAUCGCACAAAGGUGGAAGCCACAACAAUAGCGGUGGUAGACAUAAGCACAGAAAGACCGACUGAUUUAUUCUAGAGUCUUUUUGCAGUCUCCACAAUUUUGUUGUAAUUUUGGUUCUAAAUAGUAUUGUAAUUGUCGUGAAAUUCAAUCUAAAGCCAAAAGAUUUGAUUUAGACGAUUCAUUCAUUGACUGAUAGGAAAAGGCAACAUUGAAGCAAAUAUUAUACCAAAAACAAAACAUCAAUGCGUUAUUUAAGCGUUUUACACUAAACAACUGUGUAGGACUUUUAACUUGUGCAUUUCUAUUAGACAGUAAAGAAGCUGACAUAUUAGAUUCAGAUGCAUUAUUGUAACAUGAGCAUUUCGAUGGAUGACUUUUGGUUGUCGAUUCACGUCAAGUUUUUGCUUCUAUCUCGAUAUUUCUCUUGUACAUUUUAGGAUUUUUAAGUUUCCAAGUAGAUCCAAUUCAUCUAUUAUU